AUGAGGGACAAAUUACUCAUACACCAAAAGUACUUCUGCGGUCCUGAUGCCCAGCGUACGGCAAAGCAACGGCUAACGGAACGUAAGGUGGACGAAGCCACAGAAAGGGCGAUGGUGACGCUCAAUAUUAUCAACGCCGAGGGCAGAGAACGGCACAAGCCAAACGGAACACCGACCGCAGCAGGUAGGACGCAGACCGACAAGAAGAGAAAGAAUGCACGACCCGGGGUGCUUGCUGAACCGGCAAACUUUGUUCCUACACCUGGCAAUUGCCUAAAAGAGCUGCUUCAGCAAGCAAACAUUGAUCCUGAUGAGCUGAGGCCGAUGCCCUGGCUAGGUCCGCAUGGCUACCGUAACGCAAAAGCUACAGCAGAGACAGCUGGGCUUCCUCAAGGCAAGAAACGCAAGAUGGACUCGAAUAAUGACACCAUUAGCAGCAGCAGGGGAGACAGCGCAGGUGCCAAGCUUGACGCGUGCACCGACGAGUGUGGAAAACUCGGCAUGGCUGAAGUCGCUUGUUUAAAAGUAGCGGAAUUAAAGGAGCUUAUCAAAGCUCUUGGAGGCACCCCAAUCCCCCGUGCACAGAAAGCGCAACUACUGGAACAAGUGGAGCCGCUGCUAAAAAAGAGCUUGAUUAAGGAGUUAUCAAAUGCGGAGCCUAGAGACAGCGGCUCGGGAACUGCGAACCUCCAGAUGUGCUUGGCUAAGCCUCAAGAGACAGAUUCGGGGAUGCAGGAGCACAGCGAGCGGCAGGAGCAAGCUUCAGCGGAGGAGUGUCAAAGCAGUAAAGAGAAAAUUGGUACAGCUGCGAGCAGCAAGAGUGUGCCACCUGGGCAGCAGGUGGAAAGACCCAUACGCGAAAAGUGCAACUGUGAUGAAGAAAGUAAAGAAGCAUCAGCUACCAGCAGCAGCGGAAAAGGCAACUCAGGAGUGAAAAAUGCCAAAGCAAGCAGCCAGAGUCAACAGUGCCAACGGAGCAAAAGAGCUGUUCCUGCGAAGCGGGGGGUGGGCAAAUCUGCUGGCGACGAGGACGGCGAGCCGCGAAACGCUGUGUCACCAGACAGUAGUAGCAGCAGAAGUAAGCCGCCCUUCAAGUAUGUGAAGCCAGUAAAACCGGACAGGCAGCAAGCCGACAGUCAGCAUGCUUCUGCUGUCACGGGCAAAAAGACUUCACUUGUCAAUAAGAAGACGAAAACGGGGGCAAAGAACAAAACACGCAGCUGCAAGAACAGCAGCAAAACUAUCCAGAAGUAUACAAAACCGAAGAAGCAUGUGAAGAAAGAGGUUCGAAGGUCCUCGAGGAAACAAGCGCCCACAGAACGAAACGUUUCCAGUAGCGAAAGCGAGUGGGAGAGCAGCAGCACGGCUUAUGAGCCCUCAGGCUCGUCAUCCGAAAGUGGCUCUUCAGAUUCGUUUGUUGAGACACCUUCAGAUGACCCAUCAAUUGAUUCAGACUCCGAAGUUUCGUCGGUCGUAUCUGUUCGUUCAUCUGAUACCACGAAAAAGAGGCGCGCUAAAACACCCCGCAACUCCAGUAACUACAGCAAGGAGCUGCCGAGAAGCACAGCUCUCACGCCAAUAGAUGAGUUGCUGUGGGGUAAAGCAUUGGGCGAGACUGAAUCUGAAGACGGAGAGGAAGGUGGACAUGUUAAGGAGAGACUUGAGGAGGACCCUCAGCUGGUAGAAGCGCUUAGGCAGUCUCCUCUGCAUGGAGUUGUGUGGCAGAGAAUUGUGUUGGAUGAAGCUCACAGGAUCAAAUCCCGGAACAGCAGCACGGCCCAAGCUAUAUUUGCCCUACGCAGCGCAACAGUGAAGGUUGCUGGUGGAUGUAGUCGCCUUGAGCAAAGAAAGGAACAGCUGCAGCCUCAGAUAGAAGAGGAUGGUGCAAAGAGCUACAGCAGGGAUGCUGCUGCUUCGCAAAGGGAAGAUGCUGAAACUGGUGAUCAGGAUAGGAUUGACAGUGCCCGUCCUGAAAUCCAGAGUGGUGGAAAACAGAAACGUAUGCAACAGAGGAAACGGUUGCAGGGGCAUUCUCGGGAAGAGGAUAAUGGUUGUUCAGUUCCUGAGCAACAGGAAGGGACAACCGAUAACGUUGCAUCUUGCGAACAUGCGGGAGUUGCAUUCGGUGGCAAUGGCGACAGCUGUAGAGGGAACAACGUGGGUAAUAGAGGUGUUUCUGCGCCUGCCGACAAUCAAACGAAUUCAGACGGUUUUUCAAUCGUCGUGGGAGGCUGUAGAUGGUGUCUCACGGGCACACCUCUACAGAACAGAGUUGGGGAGCUAUACAGUCUUGUGCGCUUUUUGCGCUUUUAUCCCUAUGCGUAUUACUUUUGUUCGAAAAAGGGUUGCUCCUGCAGGUCCAUGCAUUACCGAUUUGCCGAUGGAAAGUAUUGCGAAAAGUGUUCUCACACGCGAAUGACGCAUUAUUCUUUUUUCUGUCGCCGCGUUGUGAAGCCAAUCAAGGAAUUUGGGUACCAGGGAGAGGGAAUUGUUGCCCUCGAGACCUUAAAGAAGGAAGUGCUGGAUGUCUGCUUGCUUCGACGCACAAAGAUAGAGAGAGCAGCUGACGUUAAAUUGCCUCCUCUCGUUGUAUCCAUAAGAAGGGAUGCAUUGAGUCCCCAAGAAAGAGAUUUCUACGAGGCUCUUUUUAAACAGACGGCAACCCAAUUCGACUCUUAUGUAAAGAGCGGCACUGUCCUGCACAACUUCGCGCACAUCUUCGACUUAUUGUCACGGCUGCGUCAAGCAGUGGAUCAUCCUUACUUGCUCAUUCAUGGUUCCCUGCAGUCCAAAGAGGGCUGUGUGCCCUUGCCGACUGACUCACGGAACCUAGAACAAACCGGCAUCUGUGCCAUUUGUCAGGAAGAUAUGGAUGCCGCAGACGUUGCCGAGGCCAAGUGUGGACAUGCAUUCCAUCAUCUCUGCAUUCAAGAGUAUAUCGAAUCUGCUCCAGCUGCAGCAGAAGCAGAGCAGCAGCAAGUGCCAGCAGCUGCAGCGCUGGGCUGUCCUGCUUGUUUCGUCCCCCUGACAAUCGACCUGUCGAAGCCAGGGGGAUGGGAACCCUCGGAAGAAGAUGCAACGGGAAGGAAAAUGAAGGACAGACCAGACAACUCGAAAAAGCGAAGGAGCUGUUGUAACUGUCGGGGAGAGGAUGGAUUUGCUGAGGAUGAAGAGGUUUCUGAGCUGGACACCGUCCUCGAGAAUGGCACAGGUGAUCCAAGCGUCGCUGCUGAAAGGCAGACUGGUGCAUCUUCGACGCCGGGAAGGACCGCAAACAGGCGCGGUGGGAUUAUGAAAAAGAUCAGCGCCAGCAACUUCACAAGCAGCACUAAAAUCGAGGCCCUUGUGCAAGAGCUGCAAACGGAACUCGAACAAGACGCCGAAGUUAAAAGCAUCGUAUUUUCCCAGUUUUGUGCGAUGCUGGAUCUCAUAGAAUUCCGACUAAAGAGAGAAGGGAUCCACUGCGCCCAGCUGACAGGGUCUAUGACUGCUGUUGCCAGGAGCAAUGUGCUGUACGCAUUUAACAACGACACCAACCUGAAGGUGAUUCUUAUAAGUUUAAAGGCUGGGGGUGAGGGCCUAAAUCUUCAAGUUGCCAGUAGGAUAUACCUGAUGGAUCCUUGGUGGAACCCUGCAGCUGAGAUGCAGGCCAUCCAAAGAGCCCAUAGAAUAGGCCAGACUAGGCCAGUGAAGGGCGUGAGAUUUAUUUGUACCGACACAAUUGAAGAGAGGAUUCUUCAACUCCAAGAAAAGAAACAGCUUGUCUUCGACGGCACAGUGGGAGCCUCGAACCAGGCAAUGCACAAACUGACUCAGGAGGAUCUCCGUUUUCUCUUUCAAUCGUAA